AUGGUACUUGGCCCGAGGGCUUCAGAGGACAGGGCAUCAAAAGUGGAUCUGAUUGCCCACAAGUUGGUUCGCAUUGAACUGAGUGAAGAUGCAAGGCAGCCACCCAAGGUGUUUGCGGCGGAUUCAGUCAUAGAGAACCUGAGCAAGCCUUGGAAGCAAGCCUUGGUGGUGAAACUCAUCGGGAAGAACCUAGGCUACAGCUUAAUGAAGAGCAAGCUGCACAGCUUAUGGAAACCGUCUGGCGGGUUUGACAUCAUGAUGAUAGACCAUGGGUUUUAUAUGGUGAAAUUUGAUAAGGAGGAGGAUCGCGAGAAGGUCCUUCACGGUGGUCCGUGGAUGAUUUUUGACCACUGUGUCGCUGUAGCACAGUGGAUCCCCGAGUUUGUGCCGUCAACAACGGCUACUCUUAAGUCAAUGGUCUGGUUGAGGUUCCCGGGCCUGAAUCCAGCGUUCUAUGAGGAGAGCUUCCUCUUGGCUUUAGCGGCGGCGAUAGGGAAGCCCGUCAAGAUCGAUGGUGCCACCUUGGAUAUGCACAGGGGGAGGUAUGCACGAGUGUGUGUGGAAAUCGAGCUUAGUAAGCCAGCCACAACAAAGAUCUGGUUUAGAGAACAACUGAUUGAGGUGCAGUACGAAGGAAUGCACGUGAUAUGCGAACAUUGUGGAUGUUUUGGCCAUCUAGGGCGCAACUGUUUGGAUCCGGCGAAGGGGAACCUGAGGACCCUGAACGAUGGCGGCGCUGCAGCUAAACCUAAUCUUGCACAGGUUGAGGGGGCGACAGUUACGCCGCUGGAACGUAACUCUCUUCCAAUCAUGCAGGAUUCACGCAAUGAUUGGAUACCAGUUAAAAGGAAAAAUUCAAAAAAUAAGAAGCAUAUCAAGGAGAGAUUUGCGGGCCCCAGGGAUCUGCCAUUGAAUUCUAUAAAGAGCAAUAACUCAGGUGCUGUUAAGAACGCACAAGCUGACGCGGCAAGUGAGAAAGCUAAUGCAAGCGUGGGCCACAAGUCACCGAGUCCUCCACCGCUUACGCCUCUGAAACGGCGCCGAGGGCCUGGUGGUGUCGCGGUUGUAACGGCUGGAGGUCCCCAAGCAAGAAUAGGAACUAAUACUCCUUCUAGUAAGGCGAGGCAAGGGGCACGCUCCUUCAACCGUGAGAAAAACAAGGAUAACAAGUUGCCACAAGGGUUUGUGUUUGCUGCAGCGGAUGGGAGGAAAACUCAGGGUACUGCUCCGUGUACUAUCCAGCGGGAGCUGCAAUUUGGUACAGGAGAGCUUCAUGAAGAAGGGGAAGUCGUGAUGGAGGGUAGCCAGGGGGGUGAACCUCCAGAUACCACAACCAUGUGA